AAAAUUAGUUGUAUUUUUCCAUUUUUUGUUCACCAAUAAUUUUUAUAGUAAUAAAGUAAUUUCAAAGAUAUGGACGAUUCAUUCGACGCAUUUGAAAUCAAACCAACAAGUAGUAUUAUAGAACACUUUAAUAACCAUCCAACAUGUAUUGAUAAGGAGUUUAAUUUUAUUUUACAAAAAACAGAGUUAAGAUCAAUUGAACAAAAUUCAGAUAAAUUUAAAUCUGCUUUGGCACCAAAAAACAGGAUAAAGAAUAGAUACUCAAAUGUCUUACCAUUUGAAGAUACAAGAGUCGUAAUUAGUGCAGAUGAUGAUUAUGACGAUCAGAGUGAUGAUUAUGAGGAUACUAAUGGUAAUGGCAUAAAUAAUAGCACUGAUAGUAUUGAUAAUAUAAAUAGUAAUAGUAAUAAUAGCAAUAGUAAUUUAAAUACUAAUAAGGAUGAUGAUGAAAAAAGAAAUAGUAUUGGAAGUAUUGGACAAAGUGAUGUUUUAAGUAAUAGCAGUGAUGAGGAUCAUGAUAGUGAUGAUGAGGAUUCAACUAAAGGUGAUUAUAUUAAUGCAAGCUUUGUUUGUAAUAAAAAUUAUAUUUGCACACAGGGACCAUUAUUAAAUACAAUAUAUGAUUUUUGGAAAAUGACAUGGGAGCAAGAGAGUAAUGUUAUUGUAAUGUUGACAAAAGAAGAGGAAAACCAAAAACAAAAAUGUGAUAAAUAUUGGCCAGAUAGUGGUGAAGAAAGAUAUGGCUCAUUUAUAGUUAGAAUUGAAAAUGAUCUUGUAAUUCCAGAUGUUUUAAUAAGAAGACAAUUUACACUUGAAAAUAUUAAAUUAAAUAAAUCAAGAACAAUAUAUCAUUUUCAAUAUACAUCAUGGCCUGAUCACGGCACACCACAAUCAACAACAAAUUUUUUAAAAUUUAUUGGUUUUGUUGACAAUGUUAAAAGAACUGGUCCAUUUAUUGUACAUUGCAGUGCAGGUAUUGGCAGAUCAGGAACUUUUUGUGUAAUUCAUUCAGUGGCUACAAAUUUUUUUAAGCAUUAUGAGGAAAAGAAACAAGCACCAUCAAUAAAUUUACCAAAAUUAAUCGUAGAAAUGAGAAAUGAAAGACCUGGAAUGGUUCAAACACGGGACCAAUAUAGAUUUUGUUAUUUAGCAAUUUCAGAAACAAUGCUUUCUGGUAUUAGAAAAGAUAGAAAGCGUAAAGGUUUAUCAUAUUCUUAUAGUGGCAUUCCAGUUACUGAAAAUAUAAAUAAUCCAUUUACAUAAUAAAUUAAUUAUAAAAAAAAGUAAUUUUAUUUAAUUUUUAUUU